UGCUGACGGGGUGUGGAGAGGUGGUGGUGGUGUGGAGAGGUGGUGGUGUGGCGAGGAGUUGGUACUGUUGGUGAAGCAUGGAUCCUCCCGAUUCCGCCGGGUUGCAGAAAGUCGGCCUACGCAGGAGGCUGUGCCGGGAUAACCACAGGCAGGACAGUAUCAGAGAUUGGCUCUCCUCUAACGUCGACGUGGAGGAUGCAAAGCGAGAGGCUGCGUCGGAGCGGGCAGUGCCCAUGCGGAGGAGCCCCAGCGAAGAAGAUGACCUAGCCUUGGGUGUCGAAGCGUCGGUGUACGGUAGACCGGGAGUGCAGACGGUCCAGGAGUUUCUGAGGUCUACGAGGUCCAGCCCAACCUUCAGCCGCUGGAACAGCUUCAACUCGGUCGGGACCAGCCACUCCGCCCCCCUGAGCGUGAUGGACGUGCUCAACAUGUGGAUGGACGACCCGGAGGAGCUGCUCCUGGACCUGGGCUUCGGCUGCGACGAGCCGGACAUCUCGGAUCGCAUCCCGGCGCGGUUCAUCAACGCCCCGUCGCAGGCCCGCGGCAUCAACAUCCAGGUGUUCCUGGAGGCCCAGAAGAGCCGCCUCGACCUGGAGAACCCUGACGUCAGCAACCGCUUCAGACAGCUGGAGGUGCUGCAUCAGGUGACCACGGCCUUCUCCGCCCUGGUUGGGUCGGGGCCCCCAAAGGCCCCCGGGUCCGUCCAGGUCAAGACCCUCCCGGCGGAGGCCCAGGAGAGGAGGCGGCGCGUGGGCCUGCUGCUCCGACGGGCCUCCAAGAUGUCCCUCAACCUGGAGGCCGGGGGCAACGCCGGCGAGGGGGCUCCGGCCGCCGCGCUCAAAGGGGACAAGAAGGCCCUGAGCCUCAAGAGGCCGGCCGCACUGAGCCCCCUGGCCGAGGAGCAGGGGCCCCAGGACCCGCUGCUCCCCCAGGUGCCGGGGGCCUUCCAGCCGCAGGACGGGGCGCUCAGGCUGGAGCCGCUGAAGGAGGACCAGCCCCUGGACACCAGCGGCCCCCCGAGGAAGAGGAGCUCUGGGAAGUCCAGGGAGUCCUUUGAGAUGGAGGAGAUCCAGAGUUUUGACGAAGGCAGUGUCGUCAGUGGGAUGACCGGAGGACCAGAAAACAUGGUUUGGGGCCUGGUCAGAACCAACAGCACCCAGUCGGACAGCAGCGGGUUCCUGGAGGAACCCUUUGUACCCUCUCUCGACCCAGGACCAGAGCUCAUCAAGACGUUGGCGGUCCUGUCGGGGGACAGCGCAGACAGCCAGACCCCCCCUCCCUCCCCCACCACCACCCUCCCCCCUCACCACAUCUCACCGGCCCCCUCCUCCCUCCCCUCCCCCUCCAUCCUCCCCCCUCACCACCUCACAGCGGCCCCCUCCCACACCGCUGCUCCUCCCCCUCCUGCGUGUCUCCCCUCGUCUCCGGACCCCCCGGCGGACAGAGCGUCCCCCAACCUCACCCCUUCAUCCCCCAACCUCACCCCUUCAUCCCCCAACCUCACCCCCACGUCUUCGAACCAACCCAAGGAGCCACACAGAGGGAACGUCUCUUUAGGGGAGGAGCCAGUUAGAGGGAGCGGUUCUUUAAAGGAGGAGCCACACGGAGAGAGCUAUUCAUUAGGGGAGGAGCCAGUCAGAGGGAGCGGUUCUUUAGGGGAGGAGCCACACAGAGGGGACCGUUCUUUAGGGGAGGAGCCACAAAGAGAGAGCAGUUCUUUAGGGGAGGAACCACACAGAGGGAGCGAUUCUUUAGGGGAGGAGCCAGUCAGAGGAAGCGGUACUUUAGGGGAGGAGCCGGUCAGAGGGAGGGGUUCUUUAGGGGAGGAGCCAGUCAGAGGGAGCGGUUCUUUAGGGGAGGAGCCAGUCAGAGGGAGCGGUUCUUUAGGGGAGGAGCCACACAGAGGGAGCGGUUCUUCAGUCAGAGGGAGCGGCAGUGCUCAGACUGGAGCUCCAGAGGGAGCGGUGAGUCCUGCUGGGUCUUGGGUUCCCCCGGCGGCCUCCAGACCUGGCCUCCGUCCUCCUGGGGAGUCCACCGUGUCUCCGGCCCGCCAGCACUCUGCAGUCUCCGCAAUGCGGCCGGACGACCAGACAACGAACGAUCCUGUCCUGGAGGGCCUUGGCUCCCCAGGCCUCCCUGUCUCUCCAGGCCCUCCAGGUCCCCCUGUCACCCCAGCCCCCCCUGUCUCUCCAGGCCCCGCUGUCUCUUCUGGCCCCCCAGGUCCCCCUGUCACUCCAGCCCCCCCUGUCUCUCCAGGCCACCUUGUCUCUCCAGGCCCCCCUGUCUCUCCAGGCCCCCCUGUCUCUCCAGGCCCCCCUGUCUCUCCAGGCCCCCCCGUCUCCCCAGGCCCCCCUGUCUCUCCAGGCCCCCCUGUCUCUCCAGGCUCCCCUGUCAGACAUGUGGUCCCGGGGAGGACGGACCCCAUGGCUGGGGGCCCAGAGUGCAGCUCUCUGGGGCCUCACAGCAGCAGUGGCGGGGAUGUGGAGCAGAGCGGCGAGAGGCCCCGUGACACGGUUCAGGAUACGCCCGGGGUUCGGCCCGGGGACGCGUUCCGGACCGGGUCGGGGCGUUACCCUCCGUUUGGUGGCGCCGAGAUAACGCAGAUGAAGGCGGGGUCGUUACCUCUCGUGGUGGAGACGGACAUCGAUGCAGCCGAGAUGUCCUUCCCAGGGUCUGGAGGGCUUUCUCAGGGCACGGGAACAGCUGCCGACGCAAAACACGGGGUAGGAGAACGUCCUGGAAGAUCAGGUCAUCACAUGGUGGAAACUAACCUAGAUGAGGUGGGGAGGGCCUCAUCAAAGGGUGCCUCUUGGACCCUCGCCGGGACCCCGGCUGGGGAGACCGAGGCCAGAGACCCAGUGCCCCACGGACGAUAUGGCGGACUGUUGGAGACGGAUCUAGAUGAGCUAGAGAGCACUGAUUUUGCAACUCAUUUUGAGACACUCGCCGUUGAAGGCAAACAGUCCAGGAGACUCCAGGAAGUCCUGGAGACGGACAUCGACGCAGUGGAGGGCGCAGAAUCUUCAGAAGGAGGUGCCGCAGGAAGUGAUCCUCCAGGUGGGGUCCUUGGACUUCUGGAAACGCACAUAGACGACCCGGAUCUGGCUGUGUACACGGGGGGCGGCGGGGUGACCCUCACCCAUAGGCUGACCGGGCCCAUCGCCGUGGCGAGCCUGGAUGAGGUGUUUGAGACCUCGCUGGACGGCUCGUCGCCGGACAGCGAGCUGGGCGACGUGGACGCCAUCUGUCUGGAGCUGGGCUCUGACGGCCUGGUCUACUGGGCCGAGCCCGUCCGGGUGGCCUCCACCUCCCCGGCUCUGAGCCAAUCAGACCGCGGCACCCCCUCCUCCCCCGCUGGCCCAGUUGCUUUAGACUCCUCCUCCUUCUACACCCCGGACCGGUUGAAAACGCUUCCCAGCGGGGAUGCGGACGCUCCCGUCGGCGUGGAAACGGCCUCCCCUCCCCCCUCCUCGCCCCCCCCGGCCCCUCGGAGGAGGUGCGGCUCGGUGUCGGUCCAGAUGCCCUCGUGUCCGUCCAGCCGCAGCGUGUCCCACAUCGUCCGGAGGAAGGAUGUCCCGUACGCGCCGGCGCCGGCGGUGGCGGCGCCCCCCCGGCCCUCCCUCAUGUCGGCCUCCCUCCCCUGCCUGGACACCUCCACCCCCCUGCGGGCGGUGCAGUCCUGGACCGACCUGCAGCUCCGACGCAGGGGGCUGAACGGCACGGCCUGGGGCGGCCUCCUGGUCUCCCAGAGCCAGGGCUCCCUGAGGGCCGAGGCCCCGGCGACGGCCCUCAGACCCGCCACGGCCUCCUCCUCCGACCCCGCCCUCAGGGCGGCGUCCGCCAGCCGCUGGUCCACGGACAGCCUGCCGGGGUCGCCCUCCAGCCUGCGCUCCACCUCGGUGUCGCUGGACACCGGGCUGUGGGCGGAGGACGAGGACGAGGACAGCCGGGAGGGGCGGGGCCGGCUGGAGGAGCACCUGUGGGAGGGGUCGGAGGAGAGCCAUCAGGCGUGCUGCUGCUCCUGCGAGCGCCAUCACACCUGCGGGGCGACGCGCCUCCGCAGAGCGCACAGCACACAGAGCAUCCCGUAUUCCCAGGAGGAGCUGGAGAGCAUGAUCUUCUCCCUGAGGAGGUUCCGGGUGGUGCUCGCGGACAUCGAGGAGCAGGUGUCUGACGACCAGGCCUCCGUCUUCACCGCCCUGUCAGCCUCCGUCAGGGAGGAGGUGUGUGACAUCACAGAGCUGAGGAGGAAGGUGAAGCAGGAGGCCGGGGAGCUGGAGCUGCAGCUGAAGGAGCUAACGCACCACUACGACGACAACUUCCAGAUGAAGAUGCAACGACUCCUGAACGAGCAGACGCUCCUCUGCUCCCAGCUCAGACUCCUCCCCCCCCCUGGGAUCACGCUCCCCGUGGGAGGGGCCACCACGCCCGUCCGGAGCGUCUCCACGCAGUGCAGCCUGUCCCCGGCCCCUGAACAGCAGGGCAACCCCCUGCCCAGCCCCGGGGGUCCGGCCCUUGACAGUUCUAUGCUGGUCUGCACCACGACCAAACCGGACAAGCUGGACUUCGUGGGCUUCCUGCAGAGACUCAAAGAUUCCUUGCGUCCAUCUGUGAAUGCAGAGUCCUUGGAAUGAGAGUGUGACUGAAGAGUCUUCCUCCACGGCCGUCGGUUUGAUAUGCAGAGGAAACUACAGAAUGGAUGAACGUUUGAUACGAAGAAGAAACGACAGAACGGAUGGACGUUUGAUAUGACGAGGAAACUAGAGAAGGGAUUGAUGUUUGAUAUGAAGAGGAAACAACAGAAGUCAUCAUUAUUAGCGUUUUGGGUGUCAUGCGGACCCGGUCCCGGAAGGUUGCUAGUUCGAUCCCCGGCUCCUCUUAGCUGAGUGUCGAGGUGUCCCUGAGUAAGACAUCUAACCCUGAAUGCUCCCGACGAGCUGUCUGCAAGGUUGACACACCGUUGGUGUUUGAAUGUGUGGAUGAAUAUGUGGAUAGGUGUUUGAAUGGGUGAAUGUAAGGUGAUAUUGGAAAGCACUCUGAGUGGCCACUGGUUAGAACAGUGCUGUAUAAGUGCAGUCCAUUUGCCAUUCAUCAUUAUUAUAAUGUAUAUAGAAAUAAAAAUAAUAUAUAUUGUUGGCAGCUCCAAACAUUAUGCAAAUAUAAAGCCAUGUAAAUUGUUGAGUGAAACAAAAUGGUGACCUAGUCCAUGCUUUUUAAAAACAUAACAUUGUAUGUAUUUUUUAUAGUAAUAUAUUCCAAAUGACAUUUCACAUAAUAUUUUCAUAAUCUUUAUAACAUGUGAUUUAUAUGAUUUUGAAUGUUUAAGAUUAGCCUCAAUCUUAAGACUUGACUCCAUUUAAGACUUUUCAAAAGGCAGAAAUAGAAAUAAAUGAAUGCAAUUAAAUGAAUUAGGGAAGUGUGAUUUAUUUGAGUAUCAACAUUGUACAUGAAUACCACAGCAAUGAAACUGAGGAAAUUAUACCAAAUAUAACUAUAACCACAAGAAUGAACUGUGUCCUCUAAUGGUUAUAAACCAUCAACAUGGUUGAUCAUGAACAGAGCAUGAAUCAAGCUCUGCUGUUAACCACACAUUUUGAUUAAUAUCAACAGUAUGGAAUUGAAAAAAUGCAAUAUUUGUUGUAUUUAUUUAUACAGUAUGGUUCCGUGUUUCAGUACCGCGUGUGUGUUCUGUGAGAAGUAAGAAGUAAUGCUCUUGUUCUCAGAGAGUUGGAACAAUAGAGCUGGAGGCUCCACACACUUGAAGGUGAAGAGGUGGUGUGUGGCUUCUUCACCACAGCAUCAAACAGCCUGAGUGGUUUAUUUGUGAAAGCCUUAUACGGAGGUAAUAUAUUUAUGUUUCUAUCUAUAUAUUGAAUUCAUUAUGAAUACAUUAGUCACACAUUUUGUUUCUUUCGAGCUACAUUUAAGCUCCAUAGAAUGUUCUUUGUUUUUCUUUCAAAGUGGAUAUUCUUUUAUCCACAUUUUUAUUGUUUCAAUGUUUUAAUAACAUGCUGCAUAAUUAACUGAACUCGAUUAACUCAAUACACAAUCAACACUGCACCACAUAGUACUAUAGUAUAUUAUUAUAAUGAGGUUGGUUAGGAACAUGUUGAUGUUCCCUUGUAUGCUGGUGUUUGGAUAUCAAAGUGGAUUGUGGGAAGGCUAGGCUGAGGUGGCAGCAGGGGUACUUGAUGUCGUCAUAGCAACGAUGGAUGAGUAGACAAAGGGGUGGGACUUGCUCCUCUCCUGGGUACAUAAACGAGGGAGGCGGGCUUUGUGUCCCAACGCUGACCAACUAGACAUCUGCCUUCCCUCCAUCUCUAACUGUCUCUCUGUAUCGGUCUGUCUGUCCAGCUGUCUGUCUGUCUAGCGGCCAGCUACACUGCUAAGAAGGCUCCAGGCGGGGGAGGUCGUCACCAGACAUGGCCAGCGGGUGUGUUUCCACCCCGGACAGCCGAGCCGAACAGAGACUACCACCGACUGCUCAGGAGGACAGCUGUACCUACCAGGAAGUGAACCUGUCCGACGAGAGUCCAGGGGUCACCAUGGCGACGCGGGAGGCCGGCGACGGCGCCGUGUCCGCGGGGGUACCGGCCCGCGGAGCGGACCAGCAGAAGAAACCGCGCCGGAAGGACACGCCGGUCCUCAUCGCCCCGCCACACAUACCCGGCAUACGACUGCUGAUGGGAGAGAGGCCGAGCGUCUUCCUGGAGGACGAGGAGAGGAACGGGAGGGAGUAGAGAAACAGCGCUCUUUGAACUCUUUUUAACCAAUGGGGUUUUUUCGUUGGGCCAACUCGAUUAAAUGUAGCUUUCAAACUUU